AUGAAGAGUUUUCUGGUUUUGUGCUUUGCGGCGCUGGCGCUCGCCGAUGUCAAGCAUCUGACAGAUCGCAAUCUGGACCUGUUCAAAUACAAUCCCGGCGAUAUCUAUACCCUGCCCGAGGACAUCGAUGAUGACAAGCCGGCCGUGCAGUUCAGCGGCGACGUGAUGAAGGCCAAAACCGAGAAGCUGCAAAACAUAAAUUCCGGCAAAAAAUAUAAACUCGAAUUGAAGACCCAGAACGGCAUUGAGGUGAACAGCGUUGGCAAAUUGAAGGACGACAAGACCUUUGUGGUGAGCGGCUCGUAUUCGUUUACCGGAGCCGAUGGCAAGCGCUACAAGACCCGGUACACGGCCGAUGAGUUCGGCUACCAUCCCAUCACGGAACUGGAUCUGGACCUACCCGAACCUCAGCAGCUGGUGUCAGCGGGUCAGAGGCCCGCCGUGGAUCCGAGCAGCCUGUUGGGCAACAAGAACCGCUUCCAGUUCCUCCAGCAGAGCCUGAAUCUCGAGCAGGGCGGCCCGCUGCGCGGCAGCGGCCAGAGCGGCGACGACUACAGCUACAGCGGACCCGGCAGUGCCUACGGCAAUGGCCUCGGCGCCGACAAUGCCUACGGAUCCGGCGCCGACAAUGCCUACGGACCUGGCAAUGGCAAUCCCUAUGGACCUGGCGGCGCCAGUGUCAAUGGCUACGAUUACCAGCCGCCGGCAGCGCCCUCGCGUCUGUAUCUGCCCACGGCAUAG